AUGUUUCACCAAGUAUUAAUCCCUGAACAAGAUCGAGACUGUCUAAGAUUUCUGUGGUGGAAGGAUGGCAAUCUAGAUGCCAACCCUGAACAAUUCAGAAUGAAAGUUCACAUCUUUGGAGCCACUUCCUCUCCAACUUGCUGUAACUAUGCACUACAACAGACAGCUAAAGAAUAUGGUUCCGACUUUGAUCCUACAGUGGUGACCACAGUACUCAAGAAUAUGUAUGUAGAUGACUGUUUGGCUUCGGUUGACACAGAGAAGAAAGCGGCCUUACUCAUUAAAGAUCUGUCUACACUUUGUAGCAAAGGUGGUUUUCAUCUGACAAAAUGGAUUAGUAACUCAAAACAAGUCUUAGAAUCUGUUCUAGAAGAUGAUCGCGCUAAAGAUGUGCAGGAAUGGAACCUUGAAGGUGAAAGUGAAACACUCGUAGAACGUGCACUAGGUGUGUACUGGCUUGUUAACAGUGACCAUUUAGGAUUCCUGAUAAACAUUAAAAAUCAGCCAACAACCAGAAGAGGAAUUCUAUCAAUAGUGAGCUCAAUAUUUGAUCCUCUUGGUAUCGUGUCACCUUUUGUGAUGACAGCAAAGACACUUCUUCAAAAAAUGUGCAAAAAUUCAAUUGGAUGGGAUGAAGAGAUUACAGGAAGUCAGCUUAAGGACUGGAAAAAUUGGCUGACACAAGCAAAAGAACUUGAAAAUGUAACACUUGAAAGGUGCUACAAGCCACAAGACUUCGGGAAGACGACAUGUCAGGAGUUGCACUGUUUUGCAGAUGCAAGUGAAGUUGGAAUAGGAGUUGUAAUAUAUCUACGACUCAUCAGUGAGACUGGAAAAAUCUACUGUUCCUUUGUUCUUGGAAAGUCAAGAGUGGCACCGUUAAAAACAGUGACGAUACCGAGGCUUGAGUUGACGGCAUCAACUUUAGCAGUGAAAUUAUGCAAGAUAGUUACAAAACAGUUGGAUAAUCAAGUUGAUCAAGUUUACUUCUGGACAGAUAGCAUGUCAGUUCUUCGUUACAUAAAUAACACAAAAACUCGUUUUCAAACAUUUGUUGCCAAUAGGCUUGCCAUAAUUCAUGCAGCAACUACAGUCAACCAGUGGCACUAUGUCAACUCUAAAGAUAAUCCAGCAGACUGUGCGUCAAGGGGAAUACCAGUAGUAAGUAGAUUUCUUGAAUCAGCAGCAUGA